AUACAUGAAUUAAGUUAACACAUGUCAUGAUUUUCACACAUCACGAAAUAACACAUCGACAACAGACAAAAUUAGAUGAUCACCAAUCAGAAAUUCCGUCGUUCUGAGCAUGUCAAUAUAACACUGUGAAGAUAUAAAGAGAAAGACACUGUCAACAUUUCCGCUUCUCCUUUGAGUAUUCAUUGCAAUGAAUCUGAUCAUACUCCUCACCUGUCUGUAUCAUGUGAAUUCUGAGGUGAUCAAGAUUCCUUUGCAUCCAGUGUGUUUGUCUGGAAUCAAUUCAAUUCUACGUCCGUAUUCGAAGUUCUUGAGGGGAGUACAACGAAGCUGGAUGAAAUUAUGGAGUGCAGGUGAAAAACCAAAAUCAGAACAACUGCAUAACUAUCAUAAUACUGAGUACUAUGGAGAAUUACAAGUAGGAACGCCACCACAAACAUUUCGUGUACUCUUCGACACUGGGUCAACCGACAGCUGGCUCCCCUCAAGAAAAUGUUGGUUUCUUGACAUUCCGUGUUGGUUCAUUCGAUUUUAUGACAGUUCAAAAUCAUCCACCUACAAGCGAAAUGGUACGAAGUUUGAUAUAAGCUACCUGAUUGGCAGUUACUCUGGAUUUUGGAGUAUGGAUACAAUGCAGAUAAACUCCUUAGUUAUCCGCAAUCAGGCGUUUGCUGAAGCGAUAAAUGUAUUUUCUGACGAUUUCUUUAGUAGUAAGAAAAACGGUGUUGUUGGUGGAGAGAUGGUGAUUGGUGGUGUCAAUCCUGAAUAUUUCAUUGGCGAUUUCGAAAAUGUGCCUGUCGUCUCUGAAAACAGUUGGUCUGUUACAAUCAAAAGCAUGAAGAUAAAUGGAGUAGAUUAUUGCAAAGAAACGUGCAUUGGUCAUGUAGACACUGGAACAUCUUUGAUACUGGGAUCGAAUAAAUGGGUGGAGACGAUUAAUUCUAGACUUGGGGCGAAGCUGAGUGGGGAUGGAGAGUAUGCAUUUAACUGCAAAGAUAUUAACCUGCUCCCUCCUAUUGAGUUCGUCUUCAAGAAGAGGAGCUAUGUACUUGAGGCGAAGGAUUAUGUGCUUAAGGAAGUCAACUGGUUAUACACAGAGUGCACAUUACCAUUCGCUAGUAACGACGGAGUUCCCCUGGAGUUUGGAUUCUUGGUGAUGUAUUUAUGAGGAAGUUCUACACUGUAUUCGAUUUUGGUGAGAAUGAGAUAUGGUUAGCUGAUGUUAACGAUGGCUGAAUCUCACUAUACCGAAACACGUUGAUAACUGAUCAUAAAUAAAGACAAAACAAUAAUAAGACGUGAUUUAUCUUAGUCGCGUAAUGCAUUUGCGCAACACAU